AUGGCCAGCAUGCCCCCUUCCCUCCUCUUCCCUCCCCUUUCUACCCUGAAGGUGAUGUCCCACGGUCUGGAAUGUGCCUUUGAGCAAUUUGUGAAGACAGUGCCAGAAUACCAUGUGGUCCAUCCAGCAAGAGUAGAUGCAAGUGGGCGUUUUCUUUCUUUUAAUCUACACCCUCCCAUCUCAAGUCUGAGGAAGAAGAGGCAUCUCGGAAAAAGUGAAAAUGUGGUAUAUUACAAAAUUAAUCACAAGGAGAAAGAUCUGUUUUUUAACUUGACUAUCCACACGGGAUUUCUUUCCCAUAACUAUGUAGUAGAAAGGAGACGUGGCAACCACACCAGGGCGAAGAUUUCACCUCCCUCAGGAGUUCUUUGCCACUUCCUUGGCACAGCGUGGCAGCCUGGCUCUGGCAGUGGGACAGCAGCCAUCAGCACUUGCAGUGGCCUGACUGGAUAUUUCCAUCUGCCCCAUGGGGAUUACUUCAUUGAGCCCAUUAAAAAGCAUCCACAGAAGGAGGGAACAUCCCAUCCCCAUAUUAUCUAUGGUGCAAAUAACCUUCCAAACGCUUUAAGGAGAAGACGGGCCAUCCCAAUGGAAAAGGAACGAACAUGUGGACUGAAUGAUACCCACAGCUUUUUCAAACAGCAGCAGCAUCGGAGGGAGAGAUGGGAACAAAACCACGGAGCUGCCAGGAGGGUUUCCCGGCGCUCUGUCAGCAAGGAGCGAUGGGUGGAGACACUUGUGGUGGCAGACAGCAAAAUGGUUGAAUAUCAUGGGAGUGACCAUGUGGAGUCAUAUAUCCUCACCAUAAUGAAUAUGGUCACAGGAUUGUUCCAUGAUCCAAGCAUUGGCAAUGCAAUUCACAUUGUGCUGGUGCGGCUCAUCCUCUUUGAGGAGGUGGAGCAAGGCCUGAAGAUAGUGCACCAUGCUGAUAAGACAUUAGCCAGCUUCUGCAAGUGGCAGAAGAGUGUCAAUCCCAAGAGUGAUGUCAACCCCACACACCAUGAUGUGGCUGUGCUUCUUACCAGAAAGGACAUUUGUGCUGGCAUGAACCGUCCCUGUGAAACCUUAGGCUUGUCCCACCUGUCAGGCAUGUGUCAGCCUCACCGGAGCUGCAACAUCAAUGAGGACUCUGGCCUCCCCUUGGCUUUCACUAUCGCUCAUGAGCUUGGACACAGUUUUGGAAUCCAGCACGAUGGAAAGGAGAAUGACUGUGAGCCUGCUGGAAAACGCCCGUACAUCAUGUCCCGACAGCUGCAGUACGAUCCCACUCCCCUCACCUGGUCCCAGUGCAGCAAGGAGUACAUCACACGGUUCCUAGAUCGUGGGUGGGGAUUCUGUCUGGAUGACAUCCCCCAAAAAGAAGUUCUAAAGUCCCCAAUCAUUGCUCCUGGAGUGAUUUAUGAUGUGCACCACCAAUGCCAGCUUCAGUAUGGUUCCAAUGCUACAUUCUGUGAAGACGUGGAUAACCUUUGCCAGACCCUCUGGUGCUCAGUGAAAGGCUCCUGCCGCUCCAAACUGGAUGCAGCUGCGGAUGGCACUCGGUGUGGAGAAAACAAGUGGUGCUUCUCUGGUGAGUGCAUUACAGUGGGGAAGACUCCCGAAGCAAUCCAUGGCGAGUGGGGCGUUUGGUCAUCCUGGUCCCAUUGCACAAGGACAUGUGGGGCAGGAGUUCAAAGUGCAGAGAGGCUGUGUGAUAAUCCAGAACCCCAAUUUGGAGGAGACUACUGCACUGGAGAGAGGAAGCGCUAUCGCAUGUGUAACAUCAGCCCCUGCCACAAGGACUUGCCGACCUUCCGUCAGAUGCAGUGCAGUGAGUUUGAUACAGUUCCCUACCAGAAUGAAUUCUACCACUGGGUUCCCAUUUAUAACACAGCAAACCCCUGUGAGCUCCACUGCCGCCCAGUAGAUGGCCAUUUUUCAGAGAAGAUGCUUGAUGCAGUCACUGAUGGCACUCCUUGCUUUGAGGGAAGGCACAGCCGAGAUAUCUGUAUUAAUGGCAUGUGUAAGGCUGUUGGCUGUGAUUAUGAGAUAAAUUCCAACGCAACAGAAGACCAGUGUGGAGUUUGCCUGGGAGAUGGCUCUGCUUGUCGUACAGUGAAGAUGAUGUUUAAUCAAAGCGAAGGAUUUGGAUAUGUUGAUAUUGGGCUAAUUCCGAAAGGUGCAAGGGGAAUCAAAGUCAUGGAAGUUACAGAAUCAGGAAAUUUCCUUGCUAUGCGAAGCAAAGACCCAGAAAAAUACUACCUGAAUGGAGGCUUUAUCAUCCAGUGGAAUGGUGAAUACAAAGUGGCAGGCACAAUAUUCCAGUAUGACAGAACAGGGGAUCUAGAAAAUCUGACUGCUCCAGGACCCACCAAUGAAUCAAUAUGGAUUCAGCUGCUUUUUCAAGAAACUAACCCUGGAAUCGAGUAUGAAUACACUGUACGCAAAGAAGAGAGUAAUGAGAAUGAGAUUGGAGAGCCAGAGUAUUUUUGGCAAUAUGGAGAGUGGACAGCCUGCAGUGUUACCUGUGGAAGAGGCCUGCGGCGGCAGAUCGCGCGCUGCGUGCGGAGGGCGAGCGGAGCCGUCAAAAACUCCUUCUGUGACCCAGCCACGCAGCCCAAGGGGCGGCACAAGAAGUGCCACGAGCAGGACUGCCCGCCCAGGUGGUGGGCAGGGGAGUGGCAGAAGUGUUCGACCACGUGUGGCCCAACAGGGCAGAAGAAGAGAACUGUACUUUGCAUCCAGACAGUGGGAUCUGAUGAGCAAGCACUGGAUGUCACAGAGUGCCAGCACCUGCUUAAACCAAAGACCCAUCUGUCAUGCAACAGAGAUAUCUUGUGCCCAUCUGACUGGACAGUGAGCAACUGGACUGAGUGCACAGUCACUUGUGGUGGUGGAGUAAGGACUCGUAAUGUCACUUGUGCCAAAAAUAAUGAUGAGCCUUGUGACAGUUCCAAGAGACCAAACUCUAAGGCCCUGUGUGGUCUUCAGCAAUGCCCUUCUGCUGGAAGAUUUCUGAUUCCCCCACAGGCACCCAGAAGGGGCAAGAUCAUAAUCAGAAAAACAACUGCUGAUCCUGAACGGAGUCUUCCUCGCAGAAUACCCAGGCCAAACCCCAAGUUCCAUACAACAACAAAAAUGCCCAAGCAUGAAAGUGUAACUCCCUUUUUGCCUACAUCCUCUGGUUUGGUCAAUGUCUCAGGAAAAGAGGGAGCACCCAACAGGACAUUACAGAGUAAUUUUGCUGAAUCAGGUGAUGUUUACAAUUACCCAGUUGUUUCUACUGAAAAUAGCUCAUAUCAAAAUAGUACUUCAUGGCCUUUUCAUAACAGCUUAAGUACUGAAAUUAUAAGGCGUGCUGAAAACACCUCUAAAAGUGAGCCAGUUUCUACUGCAGAGGGUGAGAUGCAAAGAAGUGAGGACACUCCUGUUUCCUCUUUUACCAGUAAUCCAGAAAUAACUUCCAGCUAUGAUUACUUAACUGAGGAAUCUGACAACACUGAUGGGCCACUUGGAGUCAGCAAGAAAGCAGUUGUUCUCUUUUACAGCACAGAGCUCAGUCCUGACAUCAGGACCAGAAGCACAACCUUGGACACUGCCUCUCCUGUCUCUCAGAAUGAGAGUGUGACUUCUCAGAGCCCACCAGCAUCUCCUCACCAAGACCUUUCUGUGCUCAGUCCUGUCAGCAGAGCUGCACAAGGGCUGCCAUUUCCAACAGCAGCAAACUAUGUCAGUCUGCAAGUUGAUGUUCCUGUGGUGGAGGUAACAACCCCACAAGCACUGGUUACAGAAAUGCCCACAGAGCUUGGGCAUGCACCGAGAGACCAGGCUGACAGCAGAGAAGAAAUAAAGCUGCCUGACACUGUAACCACUAGCACACAAUCCUCAGCUCCCAAGCAUGCUCUGAACAACCAAAGUGCAGCAGGUGUUUUAGUGAAUGCCACAGACAACAGCCACAUAAUAACAUCCAACAGUUUGCCUAGUGAUGCCUACUGGAGAGUAGGCAACUGGAGUGAGUGCUCUACAACCUGUGGAAUGGGGGCUUUCUGGAGACAUGUGGAGUGCAGCAGCAGGAACACAUCUCACUGCCAGGACAUGAAAAAGCCUGAUCCUGCAAGGAGGUGUUAUCUCCGUCCAUGUGCUAGCUGGAAAACAGGAAAUUGGAGCAAGUGCUCUGUGAACUGCAGCGGAGGCUUCAAGACCCGAGAUGUUCACUGCAUUGAUGUUGGGGAAAAGCGGCUGCUCAGGCCUUUCCACUGCCAGUUACUCGGCUAUAAACCACAGCUCAGCACUCGCUGUAACACAGAACCUUGCUUGCAAUGGCAUGUGGAGCCCUGGAGUGAGUGUUCGAGGUCGUGCGGCGGUGGCCGGCAGCAGCGGCGCGUGUCCUGCCCUCGGGAGGGGCACUGUGACUGGAACAGGAGACCUGAUCCCAUGGCACCGUGUAACAGCCAGCCUUGCACUCAGUGGGUGCACCAGGCCUGGAGCCCGUGUGCUGUUUCUUGUGGAGGGGGCAUUCAGCAAAGAACUGUGAAAUGCAUGAAUACAGAAACUAAUGAAACUGAAGAUGAUAGUAUGUGUCUGGAUAAAGCCAAGCCCACAAAAUACCAGAAGUGCAAUCUGCAAGAGUGCAGGAAAAAUACAGGGCUGCCCUGCAGCAAAGACCAGCUGUCAGUUCACUUCUGCCAGAGGCUGAGAGGCAUUGGCAAGUGCCUGCUGCCAUCAAUACAGACUCAGUGCUGCUUCACCUGUAGUCAGCCCCGAAUUCGGAGCAAAGCAAGACAUGGAGAUCAGCACGGCUUCAAACAACAAAAUUACACUAAAUCUAGAAGUAAACCACCUCAAAACUAAGAAAACAACAAUCAGGCAGCUUGGCACUAGCUGUUUAUUCUUGUUUCCUUGAAUAGAGCUUCUGUUUACAAGUUUUACCUUCCUUAUUUUUUUCUGAACCAUCCACCAUAAAUGGAAAUCUGUGAUUAAAACUGGGAAAGCACAUCACCUAGGGUUAUCAGUCAUAAUUUACUGCUUCCAUUUUUUCUCUGUAAUAGUCCAAAGUUUAUAAUGUAAUUUUCAGUGUAUCAGCAGCUAGUACUACUUAGGCAUUCAUAGACACUAGAAACAGGCUUGCAAGAAUUUUCUGGUUUUUUUGUAAUGAAUGUUUAACUUGUUUUUCCAUCUCUUUUCCAAAACCCACUUGAGACACCAGCACUGCUUACUCAAGAGUGCUUAGUGAAGGUGGCCCUUGGAGCAGCAGACACAUACCUGUGCCAUGGGCCAGUUCUCUUUAUGCUCUCUUGCCUUUCGUUUUAGGAAUCAAGGUGAAGUGGCAAUGUUUCUCUAAAUUCAUUGCUCACUUAAUAGACUUAAAAGCAGAGUUUUGUAAUAUCUGAUUAUGAUAGGCAGGAUGAAUUCAAACUUGUUUUUUCAGGAGAAAAAAAAUCUUUGCUUAGUACUUGACUGAACCUCUAAAGGAUACCUCAGCCAUAAUCUGUUCUUGACAGUUUUCUUCUGCUACAAAUGUCUUGCUGUAACCUGAGAAACCCAUAAAAUGUGGGAUGUUAAGUUCUCAGAUAUUUUUUAAGCAGCAUUUCUUGGUACCACAAAAGCUAAGACAUCUGCAUCUACCACCUUAACAGUCAUAGAAUAGUUUGGAUUGGAAAAGAUCUUUAAGAUCAACAAUUCCAGUGCUGCCAAGUCCAUCACUAAACCACACCCCUAAGUGCCAUAUCUAUAUGGUUUUUUACACAUUUAGGGGAAAAUGAAGCAACGUCUUUUAGACAGUUUUAUACAUUCCAUCUGAUAGAAUAAUUUCAGUGUAAAGAAAAAUUUGGUUUUGCAGAUCUUUUGCUAGAUAGGCAGUAACAUUCUUAUGUAUCAUCUGUAGUUCCUCUCCAUUUAAAAUUAACUGUCCAAGGCCAUUUGAAAUUGGAUAAGGCAACCAGCUCAAUGCUAUUGCCAGUCUCUAUAGCUGCAGGUAUUCAGACACAAAUGAUACAUGUCAGCAUCACAUAAACAGCUGUCAGGAAAUUGGUGGAGCAUAAAGGUUGUACCAGCUUGUUCUGCAGCAAAAAUUUAACCUCAGAACUUACCCUUUGGAAGAGGUAGUGUUCUCUCUCUCUUGACUUCUCACUUCCACCAGUUUUAUGUGAGUGAUUAGCUCCAUUUAGUUCGAGAGUGUUACAGCUGCUGAACAGAGAAGCAAGGAACUUUCACUGUAAUGGUUUCCAGACUUUACAGCAUAAAGAAUAAAGGAGUCACACAGUGAGAAAGCAAAAGACUUCUAAGCUGAUAUAGGUAAGGACAAUUGGAAGUUGAGUCUUUUGCAUUUAAAAAGUCAAAUCUUUCUCUUCUUUGACACAUUAAAGGAAAUAGCAGUGAGCUGGCCCAGCUAAACAGUUUUGCUAAUUUCAUGUUAACUUACGUGAUGGAAUUCAGCUUUACAGAGUUAAAACUUUCCUGCAGCUUCAAAUGGAGCAUGCAGGCAUUUCAACAGGAAAUUACCAUACUACAUUUUGAAAUCAAUUUUACACCAUCAGCAUAAAGGCCAGCUAGCAACUGGAAGCUGUGUAAUUCACACAGAUGUUCAGUGGCAGAGCUAUCGUGCCAUCCAGU